AUGCACAAACAACACCUCCUUACACUCUUUGGCCUUUACGCGGCUUCUGUGACUCUCGCACAGUCGCCACAGUCGCUCUUGUCGGUCUUAGAACAAAACGGGUUCACAGAAUUUGCUAAACGACUUCAGGCAAGCCAGCCUGUGCUUGCCAAUCCUGGCGUUGUUGUAUAUGCCCCAAGCAAUGGUGCUUUCGUUGUUGGCGUCAAUUCUACUGUCUCCCGCCGUCAAGCUGGCGCUGCCUCCGGCCUCGAGAACUCGCUCUACUUUUCAAAUGCGAUCAAAAAUGAGUAUAUUGAUCCUUCUGCUGGCGGUCAAAACAACUCCUCUGCAAGGCGAUUCCGGAAGCGGACGGCCUCUCUAGGAACUGUCCUCGAGACGCUGUAUCAAAGCCCAUCAGUGCGCCUCGGCCCCGGGAAUAACCAAACUCUCGUUGAGAGGAGCGUUCCUGCUGCAUCGCUUCCAUUCGUGUUUUCAGGCUCAGGGAAAACUUCCAAAGUUACAGGUCCCGACAUUCCUUUCAACAGUGGCGUUAUUCGCCCCAUUGAUGCGCUCCUUAGCCUACCAGGGAACUUAUCGUCAACUCUUCAGACAUUAGGCGAGGUCAAGUUCGCUGAAGCUUUGCAACAAGCAGGCAUAGUUGAAGCUCUUGAAAACACAGGGUCCAUUACUGUCCUGGCACCAAGCAAUGAUGUGUUCACCCUUUCUAGCACACUUACACAGGCCCAACUUGGGCAGGUACUGAAAGAGCAUAUCAUUGUCAGCCCAUCAUUCCCGCUGUAUUCACCUUGGCUUGUCGAUGGGCUGACUGUCCGCACUCUUGGUGGCUCCAAUGUCUCUGUUGUAAUCAAAGAUGAUGUUGCCUAUUUGAAUGGUGCCCGAAUUCUAGGAGGAGAUUCUCUCAUUCAAAACGGCGUUGUCCACACUAUUGAUAAGCUUCUGAGUGGAAAUAUUCCCACUGUUCCCACCAAUACUGCGAUAACUACACGACCACUGUCGUGGGAAACUCUAGCUCUCACAGUUAUUGGCACAGCUGUUGCCCGACAUUUUCUCUUUUAA